AAAAAGGGGGGAAACAUGUCGCAAACUGUAUCUACGUUUGCAUUCCUUUUUCCUGGCAAUGCCAUGAUAAAUUCGCUUUUGGCCACUUCUUAUAUCUCUAUUAUUCCCAAUUUGUUAUUAUAUUUUGUUCCUCCUGAUAUCAAAUCCAGCACUUUAAAUACACUUGUCAAUUUUGCUGUUGGCAGUCUUUUGGGAGAUGUAUUCUUACAUUUAUUACCACACGCGUUUCAUAGCCAUGACCACCAUGAGUCACCCAACCAUCAACAUGAAGAUAAUGAACGCAAGAAUGUCUUGAUUGGACUAGGUCUUUUUGCUGGUAUUUUUAUUUUCUAUGCAGCAGAUAAAUGCAUGAGAGCCUAUCUUGGAAAGACAGGCCAUGAUCAUGACCAUGCUAAACCAGUGGAACAAGUAGUCGAUCAAGUAGCUGUCAAGACGCCAUCCAAAAAAGAAGGUUUACGCCAACGUCAUGUUGUAGCCUGUACAAAAAAACAAGACGACAAGCAAGACCCUAAGCCUAUUCGUGCCAGUACCUAUCUUAAUUUACUCGCUGAUUUUACGCAUAAUUUGACAGAUGGUAUUGCGAUGGCUGCUUCAUUUUAUGCAUCACCUGCUGUAGGUGCCACUACAGCCGUGGCUGUCUUUUUUCAUGAAAUUCCUCAUGAAGUCAGUGAUUAUGCUAUCUUGUUAAAAUCAGGUUUUACUAAAAAGCGUGCGAUGAUGGCUCAAUUUACAACGGCCAUUGGUGCUUAUAUGGGUACCUUGAUCGGCAUUUCUAUUGAAGAAAUGGCCAUCCGUUUAUCCAAGCAUGAAAAAGGACAUCACCAUCAUCAUCAUGGUCUUUGGCAAACUUCUAUGACUUGGAGUGAUCUUGUGAUUCCUGUGACUGCAGGAGGAUUUCUGUAUAUUGCCACUGUCGGUGUCAUUCCUGAAUUAUUAGAAGCUAAACCAACCAACAAACUCCAGCCUAUUAAAGAAUUGGUGGCCAUGGUGUUUGGUAUUGGACUCAUGGUUAUGAUUGCCUUAAAUGAGACACAUCAUCAUUAAGCAUACCCCCCUUUUUUUUCUAUUUUUUUUUUUUUUUU